AUUCAUGAGGUUAUCGUCGUGUCUUUGAACAGUAUGCCUCCAUACUUCAAGAAAAGUAUCCGGACCUAACUGUUUCGGGAGACACGUAUCCGCCUCCAUUUCUUCGAAUGAGUUUUGCUCAUUUUCUUAAUGUAUUUAAACUUGUAUUCAUUGCCUUAAUUUUGGGGGGCAUUACUCCCUUUCCUUCUUUAGGAAUGACUACUCCACAAUUUUAUGUUUGGAUGACUGAGAACAAAAUGCAUGCAUGUUUGAUGAUAUAUUUUUUGUCCAAUGCACUUGAAAGUCAAUUGGUUUCCACAGGAGCUUUUGAAAUUGCACUUAAUGAUGUACCAGUUUGGUCCAAACUUGAAACAGGCAGAAUACCCUCUCCUCCAGAACUUUUUCAAAUCAUUGAUAAUCAUAUUCUUCUACGAUCUACAGAUCCACCCUAAGUAUUCAUAAUUAUAAAUAUCGUCCUACGUUGAAGUUUUCUAUAUGCAGUAUAUGAUUUGUUGACAUUUAUGUGAUAUAUGAUUUGCGGAUGAUGAAAUAUGACAGCUUCCACUUCAAGCUCUUGUUGCCUGUGGUAGCUUGAUGAAAUAUCAUCAUCAGUCAAGAGAUUAUAUCAAGAAAAAGUUAUUAGUUUAAGUAAAAAUUGAUUUAUUACUAGUAAAAAUUUAUCCAGAUAUGUAAUAUUGAUAUACUUUCCAUCUCUAAUUUGUUGUUUCUAAAUAUUUACUUCAUUUUUCUAUUUUAUUAUUUAAAUUAUAAAACAAAUUGUUUAUUUUUUGUUAAAAUGCUUAAACAUUGAUUUAAUGGCAGCUAAAUUAGUUAAUGAAAUAGCAAUUUAAAAAUUUUUAUUUAGACAGUAAACAAUAGGAUAAUUUAGAAACUAUCGGAGCAUCCUAAAUUUUUUUCCAUCAUAAUUUAUUUAAUUGCGGCUAUCGAUAGUUAAAUGUUACGUUUAGAAAAUUGCCCAAACUAUAUACAGUUUUAAGGUUAUGGAAAAUAUAUUUAAGUAAAAUAUUGUAUGAUAAAAAUUGGAAAUAAACAGAUGUCUCAAUUAUCAUUACAGAUAUGUAAAA